AUGGGUUUAGUCACAUGGUUCCAACACAAAUUCACAGAUCCUGUUCUCUUGGUUCUUCGAGGUGGUGCUGAGCCAAAGCAGUUGUCUUUCUCUGCUGCUCUUGGGAUUACACUUGGAGUGUUUCCUAUUUGUGGUGUCACUGUGCUCCUCUGCGGCGUUGCUAUAACGUUACUUGGAUCGUUUGUUAACGCUCCCAUUCUGUUGCUUGCAAACUGCUUUGCUACUCCCAUUGAGUUGAGUUUGAUUAUACCGUUUCUGCGUCUCGGUGAAUUUAUCACCCGUUCGCCUCAUUUCACUUUAUCAUCUGAUGUUUUAAAGAAAGUUCUUACCGGUCAAGCUUCAAAGCAAGUCCUACUAAGCAUUGCCAAUGCGUUAUUAGGGUGGCUAGUUGCAUCGCCUUUAAUUUUGGCAAGUCUUUACAUAUCAUUCUUACCGUGCUUCAAAUUUCUAAUUCGGAAACUCAGCAGUCCUCCUUCGAGUCCAAGGAUGCCGCUCCAACCAUUGUCAGAUAUCGGGUCUAAGGCAAGGGAUGUUUGA